AUGAUGUCUACUACUAUGGAACAUGAUCCAGCUUCAGAAGAACUUGCAGCUCAUCCAUCAAGACUGCCAACGCAUCCAAAGGAAAUGGCAGAGGAGAGGAAAUCUGAGCCAGAAGGAAUUUUCUCACCAUCAGUUUUACAUCCAUUAGAUCCACUUACAGCGAAUGAGAUUAGCCUUACCACAAAAAUAAUACAAGAAUCAUCCUACUUUCAAAAAUAUUUGCGUAUAGUUACAAUUGUGCUGUUAGAACCAGAAGAUAAAAGUAUUAUUUUAAAUUUUCAACCAAAUACUGAAAUUCACCGUCGUGUGACUGUAUUCAUUCGUGAUCCUGUAAAACAUGUGACAUUAGAAAUGAUUGUUGAUCUAACGAAAAAGACGAUCAAAAAUGUGCUUGAACUUACGAAUGUUCAGCCGGGUUUAACAUAUGAUGAAAUAAUUGCAGCUGACUCAGCACUACGUAGCGACAAGAAUUUUCUAGCUGCUAUUGCAAAACGAAAUUUAGAUGUUAACAGCAUUGUAUUUUAUCCAUUUACUGCCUGCUAUCGUGAUCAGUCAGAUGCGGCGAGUAAACGAAGAAUAUACAGACCGUUGUCAGCUGUCAGUUAUGGGAACGAAGAUAAUUACUAUGCACACCCAAUCGAAGGUCUGGUAAUCACAGUUAAUUUGGACGAUAUGACUGUUGAAAUUGAAGAUCAUGAAGUUGUUCCGAUACCAACAAAUACAGCAAAUUAUAAUCCGGAAAGUAUUUCAACACCAAACAAUGUACCAUAUUUUCCCAAUGGUGUACGGGAUGAUUUGAAACCUCUUAUUAUAACACAGCCAGAUGGACCAAGUUUUAAAGUUGAUGGCUAUCAAGUAACAUGGCAAAAAUGGCGAUUCAGAAUAGGAUUUAAUGUUCGCGAAGCUCUUGUUCUUCACUGUAUCGAAUAUUUUGAUAAAGCACGUUGGCGAUCAAUAAUUUAUCGCGCAGCAAUGUCCGAGAUGUAUGUGCCUUACGGAGAUGCGAGUCCAACACAUUCGUUUAAAAAUGUUUUUGAUAUGGGAGAAGCUGGUUUGGGAUUGCUGGUUAAUAGUUUAGUCCUUGGAUGUGAUUGUCUUGGUGAAAUCUAUUAUUUUGACGUUGUUGUAAAUAAUAAUCAGGGAAAGCCAGUUCUUUUAAAAAACGCUAUUUGUAUGCAUGAAGAAGACGCUGGUUUACUUUGGAAACAUACAGAAUUUGUCGAAGGACGAACACAAGUUCGUCGAUCACGACGAUUAGUAAUCAGCACAGUUGCUACAAUCGGUAAUUAUGAGUAUGCCGUGUAUUGGUACCUACAACAAGAUGGGAUACUUAAUUAUGAAGUUAAACUUACAGGCAUUAUUGCUCCAGCCGCAAUUGAAUCAGGAAAAACACCUGUAUCUGGUGGUUUAGUGGCUCCUGGCACUUAUGGUCCGUACCAUCAACAUUUCUUCAAUAUUCGAAUUGAUUGGAUGUUAGAUGGUUUGAAAAAUUCUCUUGUCGAAGUUAAUUGUGAACCAUUACCUCCUGGAAAAGCGAAUCCAACUGGUAAUGCAUGGACAGCCAAAGAAACUAUUCUAUCAACAGUUGACCAAGCACGACGAACAAUUGAGUCAAAAACAUCAAGACAUUGGAAAAUUGUUAAUCCAUCAGUUUUAAAUCACGUUGGACAACCAGUUGCUUAUAAACUUGUAUCAAUGGGAAAUGUGUUUCCGUUAUGCCAAGAAAAUUCAUCUCAAUACAAACGUGGUGGAUUUACAAGGUACCACUUAUGGGCUACGGUUUUUGAUUCAAAUGAAAUGUAUGCAGCUGGUCUCUAUCCAAAUCAAAAUGCUGGUGAUGAUGGACUACUAUCUUACAGUGAAAAAAAUAAAGACAAAUCACUCGUGGAAAGUGACCUCGUGACAUGGUAUACAUUUGGAUGUACACAUAUUGUAAGACCAGAAGAUUGGCCUGUGAUGCCUGUUGAAAACACUGGUUUUCGAUUAAUACCUCAUGGUUUCUUUGACGGCAAUCCAUCAUUAGACGUUCCACUGCCAUCGAAUCAUUGUCACAUGAAAAAGAACUCUGAAGAAUGUAAACGCAAUGACAACUGA